AUGCCGGUGAAGGGAAUCAAAACGGUUACCGCCGCUCGGAACGGCGUCGGUGCCUUUAUCCUACAAUGCAAACGCCUUGACUUCCACUACUGCAACUACGGCGGCAGCUCUCGUGGCAUGCUGGCCUUCCUGACCCAAACCCUUCCCAACUUCGCCCGCGAAAACCCCCAGAUCGAGAUCCGUGUCUCCCCCCGACAUUCCAAGCACCCCAUUAUCAAGGGCCACUACAUCAACGGUCGUGAGAAGUCAAUCUGUGUGCGCAACCUUGAGCCUACCGAUAUCCUGGCCAAGGCCAUGAUCCUGAAGGAUGCCAGUGGCGAGAAGUUGAAGGUGCAGAAGAAGCCCGUGACGAGUCUGAACGAGAGUGUGCGUGGUAUCUGGUCGCCAUAUCACGGUGAUUUGCGUGGUGUAUAG